AUGUCAGGCAUCGUGGAAUCCUCCACAAUACCAACCUCAUCUAGUCCGACUUUGAUACAGCAUAUGAAUACUACAACUUUAUCGCCCGAAACUUCGUCAAUUUCCUCUUUACCGCAUCAACUCUUGACCUCUCCCCUUCGUGCCUUUCAACACGCCGAGACAUUUGCCUUCCGAACGGUUCCCCACACACUUGCUAGAAUAACUGGAAUACAAGCUCUUACAAAAUCCUUUUGGGGUGAGGCUGGCCCAGCGGCAGUGGCUGCAGCCGAUAACGCGGCAGCAACACACGCAGUGAACAUGGCUUCAAAUGAGCUUGCCGAAGCAGCCACCCAGGAGAGCGGCUACUAUCUUGCCGAAUUCUUAGGUGCUGUCAAGAAACUAGGUGGCUUUUUCAGUUACCUGACAAGUCUUUGGUCAUUUGCCUGUUUGGUGGAGGCGCUCAUCCUCAACCGAAUCACUAUCUAUGCCUCUACACGGCGACACCUCCGACUAGGCUGGGAAAGGCGCACGGCUCUCCGACUGAUCCCCAUACUUCUCUUUACUUCUCAAAUUGUUGGACUUCUCCGUGGGAUUCGAUGUCAGACAUCGCCUUCUUUUUCGACAAUGCGCUACGGAUACCCCGGGAAACAACUUCCGUUCGACUACUCCAGUGAUGGAGGUGCUCUUUACUCGCUGAGUUCUACUAUCUUAGGAUGGGAGUCCGAUGAAAGGUCGUGCAAUGCUGUGAACAUGGCUCGUGGAACCUCCUCUGAGCUCCCAUAUGGAUCAUUUUCCUUACUCUGGCCGACAUUCAUGCUCCUUUGCUUGAGUCACUUUGUGGAAACACUAUCGUGCGCAUUGCAGGGCAGGCCUGUGAUGACCGAGACGGGGAUGUCUAUCUUUGAACACUCAAUCGCCUUUGCGGAAGCCGAGUCGAUGAUCAGUAAAUCGAUCGGACUAGGCAUGUUCGGCCUUCCCCAAAAGAACCCCCUCAGUGCGCUUUCCGCUGGGUCCGACGAUACUUCAACUUCGGUUCUCCAACUUCUCACACGAUCCCAAGUCUUGGAGCGCAUGAAUGUCACGCCGGAACUGUUACUCAUUGCAUUGAUAUCGUGUUGCAAUAGCGCCACCUCCCACAUACUAGAAGUUUUCGGAAAGCAGAGCAAAUACAGAUUGUUCAAUACCGCAUUUUGGGGUGCCUGCUUCAUGGCAGCUAUGCUAUGGGGAUUAGAAGGCGGCCCGCCCGUCAGCAUUGAAACUGGCGUACUCAAGUUUCCGACUGUUUGCAUCGUGGGAUUUAUCCCUCAUAUGUUUUUACUGGGUGGUAUUGUGAUUUGUCUUUCAAUAUACACGCUGGCACUUACCAUCACCGCUGUUUCACUGCCCACGGAAGAUCAACCCGUCUCGUUAUACGACCGCUUCCUGAUGGCGCACGAGAACAUGCAAGGCUCGAAUCAAAUAAGAAAUAUUCGCAUCAAUAGACACGAAGACUUCUACACCACAUUGCUUCGGAUCGGUUAUGUCGCCCUGACUGCCGCAAGUGAGGCGGUGUUCUUGAACGAGGGAAAGGCAGUCGUUGCGCGGCGAAUGACAUGGCUAGAAGAGGACCGGCUUUCUGAGAUUGAAGCUUCGAGAAUGAGAUCUUCGUCCUUCGGGGAAUGGCAGGGCGAGCCAAACACCCGGCCUAUCGAAGCCAUGGGUUUCUCAAGUUUCGACAUGCCAGACCAAUCUGGUGAUUGGGAGAGUGGAUACAACCGCGAGAAAAAAUUCGAGAAACCUAAGAACGGUGCUCGUGCUGUGCGCUCUCGAGCGGAGCUUGGGGGAGUUGGCGCAGUCCGAGUAUCUAUUAGAUUGUGGCAUGUGCUGUCGUUUUUCCGCGCAAUUUCCCUGCUAAUGCUUCGGUGGAUCGCGUUCGGGCUCAGCAAUGUGCUGGAUCGAUUCGGAAUUACCGCUCGGCCAAUGUGGCUGAAACGCCUUGUUGGUCACCGUCGACGACAGUCUAGUAGUAGCACAGCGAGUCAAGUACAGCCGUUGGAUUUCUGGAUCCUCUCUGAUGAUGGAGAACUCGAACUUCCCCGCGACCACGACUUUGACGUGGAGGUUGAAAUGAGAAAGCGAGAGCGCGCGAAUCGGCCGGACUGGAUGAGCCCGGACGAGAGUCGGUUGGAUGAUAGAUUGUACGGUUGGUGGAAAAUUGGUGGUGCUUGGGGAAACCAAGAUCAUACCUCAGAUUACCACCCGCCUUCCGACGACUUUGACACAACAAGUGUGCUAUCUAUGUCUACCAAUGCCUCGCAGUCUGAAUGGGAGGAUUACCCAUCCGAAGACGGUCGUCGUACUCCUACCCAGCUCGAGCCGUACGCAGAUAGAUCAAGCCCACCACUCCAAGAUCCUCUGAUUGACAUGAGCACCCUCGCCCGUCUUCUGGACCCACGCGAUCGCGAGAGUAGAGAAGAAGCCAGAAUCCUAGCUGCGCAUCUUAAAACCAACCAGGGCGGCCCGCAGAUCAUGACGCGCAGUCGCUACCAGCAGCAAAUUGAAAGGGAGAGAUCCCGGAUCAUCUUCUCAUCUCGCCUGCAUCAGUUAAACGCCAUGCAGUCGGAAUCCGAAGGACGGAAACCCACUGCGGAAGAGGAAUCUGAAAUCCUCGAGAAGCUCAUCCUUUCCCGUCGCUCGGAGACCUCAGGCAGUUCUGGUGCCCGCACGUGGGAAUCUGGCGCAGAGGGUCUCGGUCCCAACGGCCCACCCUGUGUAGUCUGCCAGACCAGCCCACGAGCCAUCAUCACCUGGCCCUGUCGCUGUCUGUGCAUUUGCGAGGAUUGUCGCGUUAGUCUUGCCAUGAAUAACUUCAGCAGCUGCGUGACUUGUCGCCAGGAAGUUGGAGGAUUUAUGCGUUUAUGGGUUCCAUGA